AAAUAAAUCGUUGCCUAGACUUUAGAACGGCGGGGAUACCGGCAAGAACAAUGAACGAAACAAUUGUAAAUUAUACCGAUUUGAACGUCAGCAAUAUAUCGGAAAAAAUUACAAAUGCGACAGCGAACGGUGUUCCUCCUUUUCAAGCGAAUAGUCACGAAAAUAUAAUCGAUAACAAAUGGGUGCAAGCUAUGUUCUGCGUUAUUUACACCAUCAUAUUCGUUUUGGGUCUUCUUGGAAAUAUAUUAGUAUGUUUUGUUGUCAUCAGAAACAAGGCGAUGCAGACGGUUACGAAUCUUUUCAUUAGUAAUUUGGCUUUAUCCGACAUUUUGUUAUGUAUAUUCGCGAUUCCCUUUACUCCCCUUUACACGUUCCGAGGCACUUGGAGUUGGGGCUCUUUGUUAUGUCACAUUAUGCCUUUCGCACAGGGAUGCAGUGUAUACAUAUCCACGUUGACGCUUAUGUCGAUAGCAAUCGAUAGAUUCUUCGUCAUUAUAUACCCUUUUAGGCCACGUAUGAAAAUCGAGACUUGCAUUACGGUAAUUAUUAUGAUAUGGACUUUCUCCAUUACCGUUACGACGCCCUACGCUAUUUUUAUGACCUACUACGACUUCAAGUUCGGAAAAUUUUGUGAGGAAACCUGGCCGUCGGAGAGACUGCGCCGCAUAUUUGGCUCGGUCACGUCGGUUAUGCAAUUCGUUCUACCGUUCAUUGUGAUAGCGGUCUGUUAUAUUUGCGUCAGCUUCAAAUUGAACGAUAGGGCUAAAGCGAAGGCUGCUAGCAAAAAUUCGAGGAAAGAGGAACUCGAUAAAAACAGGAAACGGAGAACGAACCAAAUGCUGAUCGCCAUGGUAACGAUUUUCGGGCUAUCGUGGCUACCUUUGAACAUAAUCAACUUAUGUAACGAUUAUUACAUGUACGCGAUACAUCUGAAGUAUUACUUUUUGAUUUUUUUCGUCGCACAUGUAAUAGCCAUGUCGUCGACCUGCUACAAUCCUUUUAUAUACGCGUGGAUGAACGAGAAUUUUCGAAAGGAAUUCAAGCAAUUGAUUCCGUGUAUCGAUUCUUCGGCGCAGACGAGAGGAAACAUUCAGAUGGAACAGCUCGGGGCUGGUCCCGAAAAGACUUUUAACGGGAACACAACGACUGACAGUUAUUUAGGAUCCAGCUCGCAAAGGGCGACAUCGUUCAGACACAAAAGAAAGCCGAGUGCCGCGGCGGAUGUCGAGAAAAGUGGCGUCGAACUGAAUGAAGAUUUAUUGACAGUUGACGUGAAGCAUUGUCACAUUUCAACGAGCUACAAUCUAAGGAGGGAAUCAGUUAAAUUGCGUCUCAUCAACGAGGAGUCGUUCGACGGGACGCCGUCUCAAAGUCAAUUCUAA